AUGGCUGAGUUACGUCCUUCAGCGCCUGGGCGUAGCAUAUCGGCUCAUGCGUUUGAAAGCAAACUCAGCCAGCAAUUAUCACAACCCCAUUCACCAGAUCUGGAACAUGCUGAGUCGUCACACUCACCGCGCUCACCCAAAUCGCGUUCACUUUCUGAUGCCUCCAAACCUACCUCUUCCACUCAACCCGCCACUGGUGAUUUAAGUCGGCCACCAAGCAAAGACGAGAAUGCGAUUCCUACACUCCCCGCAACUCCACGACGAUCAAGCCUGCCUUAUUCAAGUUUAUCGCUGAACUUGCCUUCCAAACCCACCGUGUCGCCAUCACUUACCAACCGUGCUCCUCUCUCUCCCAAACUCGACCCAUCCCAUACCUACGGAUCGCCAGGAUCCGUGCUCCCCCGCCGAUCCCGAGGCCUUGAUUUCUCUCGCGCAUGUACGAACCUCCACCAUUCCACCCUUGCCGAAUCCUCCCCGGACUCAUCUCCAACCGUUGGAGGGCGGGGCAUGGCGAUACCACAGAGGCACGGGUCACCGGGCGCGACUUCGAACGCGCCAUUCUCGACAUCUGGACCAGUGGAGCGUACAGCUAUCUCAAGCUCUAUGUCCAGUGUUAACAUGAUGGAGUCAGACACCAGUAGUAGUGACGAUGAAGACGAGACAAUGGGAGAUCGCGACGAUAUGAUGCUCAAUACACCGCAAGCUACACGCAUGCACGCUCCAAGUCCCUUUUCUGGCACUAUGCAAAGUCCAGGGAACGAAUGGAUGGGUGGGUAUUCACAGGCUGCUGCCAGUCUGAUGAGUUUCCAACGUGCGCGCUUCCGCAAGGGCCGCAGUCGCCACAGCUCUAGCAGUGCGAGUGGGAAUAGCUCCAAGCCCAGCCCUACCCCUCAUUCUCCACCCAUCAUGAAAAGUGUCGAGCAUUCCAGCGGCGGUUACUUUGCGCCGCGGCCAAACGUGAAUGCCCGCCGAGAGAGCAUUAGCUUCAGCACCCGGGACCUACGUCUAUCGGAUAUGAGCGACGAUGGCGAGAGCCGCAACACACGAAGUGGAAGUCCUAUCCCUAAACAAAACUCGGAGAGUGGUGGGGGGCCAUGGGGAGUCAUUCGUCGUGCAGUGACCCGUCGGGGAAGCUUACUGCCCAAGACUAAAACAUUCGCACGAAUUCGCGCAGCUCUCAUGGAAGAGGGUGCACCGGUCGACAGCGAUAUGAAACGUGAGGCAGAAGUUGUCCGGCAGGUCCGUGACACUGAGCCUGAACCAACCCCUGCACUGGGCGAAUUCCCAUCUCUGCAGCCGUCUACCUCAUACGACUCCACGCAGACAGAUGAGACGGCGGCUAAAUCGGGGAUGGAAACCCCAUCCAAAGACAGUUUUAACAAACAAGCAAGUCGCAACUCGGGUGGGGUUGAGUUCUGGAACUCGUUUGAUGGACGAUAUCGAACUCCUCCACCUGCACGUCAGGGAGGCCCCCCUUCAGUGGCCGAUGAUGAUAUUUCUAUGGACAUGACUCCAUCUACAACGAUUGGUUCUGUGACGGCAGAUUCAUCCAAGCCUCGUUCCCGCUCUUGCACCCCUCAUGCUCCCGGUAUGACGAGCAUCGGAGAGAUAUGUCGAAAGCGACGUCGCGAUGAUGACUUUGAUCCCAAUCUCUUCAAGCGCCGGGCUGUAUCACCUAGCGUGAGUGCCCAGAGCAGUCCAGUAAUGACCCAUUCCCACCACGUCAAUGAUACGGGCCCCAAUAUCUGGGGACCCCCACCAAAGCCUGGUCUUGGUGCACCAUUCUCAGAGCGAUCUAGUGCCGAUUCUGGUCCUCGGACUACUCCUCACGGGGGUACUAAACGUGUCGAUCUGUAUACCACGUGCUUAUCGCUCUCCGCCUCCGCGAGCUUCUCGCCGAAACGCUCCCCCUCCUUCUCACAAGAUUCUCGGGAUUUCCAAUUGCGCUCACUCCUGUUUGUUCAAUUUUCUCCUGUAUUCACUAUGGCUUCCACCGUUGAGUUGGCCUCCUCCUUUAUCGAGGGUGCCCCGCCCGGAGAGCUUGCAGACGUCGUUUCUGAUGUGCAGGCCCUGACCUCCGAGGGUGAUGACAUUAUUUCCUCCCUGCAACCUGCGUUCAAGCGAUACAAUGAGACCCAGCUUGCGACUGUAAAGCUGCCAGGGUCCAGCCAAGAGGUCAUCGUUAGUGAAUUCAACGUGCUCGAGGAAAACCGCUACUUCGAUCCCGAAAGUCAGACCUCUUUUGAGUUCGACCAUACCACACAAACUGCCUCUGGGGCACAAUCGUACCACUUGGAGUCAGAAAAUGCCGAUUUAAUCAAAUCGCUACUCAAGUCGUUCGGGGCUCAUGCUCGUGAACACUACCCCGGCUGCUCUUACGGCGUCUAUCCCAUCGAGAACGACUCCGCUGUCGCUAUUCUCUUGGUCGCCAACCGAUACUCUCCUAACAACUUCUGGAACGGUCGCUUCCGUGCAUUUUACCAGGUCCCCGUCUCCUCACCCUCCACUUUGACCGGUAAGAUCCAUGUCGAUGUGCACUACUACGAAGACGGCAAUGUGGCACUCAACACCACCAAGCCCAUCAGUAUCAACAUUCCCUCUGUGUCCGCCGAGUCGAUUGUGUCCAAGAUCGCGGCAGCCGAGCGCGAUUACCAGGAGGCCUUGAACCGGGCGUUUGUGCAAACAGCUGAGGGUGCGUUCAAGGGUCUACGCAGACAACUUCCCAUCACACGUCAAAAGGUGGAGUGGGAGAAGGUUGGUGGAUACCGUCUGGGUCAAGAUAUCUCGGGCGGCAAAGGGCGGUAG